AUGCCGGUGUCACAGCUCUGUGACUUGGGAGGAUCCGCUCCAGGUGCUCUUUCCUGGGACAACAACGCCAGCCCAUCCCCUCUGGAGGGCUUUAAGCUGGUGAAGGGGAAUUUCUCCCGGACUUUCCUUCGUGUUGGCUACCAUAAGAUCACAGAAAUUCCUCUAGGAGCACGGAACGUCAACAUUCAUGAGACAGUGAAGAGCCGCAAUUACCUCGCUCUUCAGACCCAAACUGGGGUCUCCAUCGUCAAUGGAAACUGGGUGAUUGACAGGCCAGGAGUCUUUGAGGGUGUGGGAACGCAGCUGACAUACCGACGGCCCAACGAAAUCCGUUCUCGCAAAGGAGAGUCCAUCACUGCACCUGGCCCACUCACGGAGGAUCUGCAUGUUUAUUUGAUCUAUCAGCAGCCAGGUCCAAGUGUGUACUAUGAAUACAAUGUACCAUUAGAAAACACACAGCCAACCCCUGGACCAGACGCUUCCUCCAACAUACUGGGGACUGUAAAACCAUCUAAUCCAAGUAAGAAAGAUGACAUCACUGACAAUGACAUCGCCAAGGAGACACCCUCUACCAAUCAGGUCCCCCCUGAACCCAGUGUGACCCCUCAACCUCAGCCAACUUACACCUGGACAAUGGGUGGACACACAGAGUGCAGUAGAACCUGUGGUAAUGGCAGCCGUCAUUUGCUCUGGGACUGUGUUAACGGGGACACACAGGCCAUGGUGUCUGCUGACCUCUGUGAUGCUGCCCUUAAACCAUCAUUAAAGAAAGAAGACUGCAACAACCAGGCCUGCCCCGCAUACUGGGAUGUAGGGGAGUGGUCAGACUGCAGCACUAAAUGUGGGCCUGGAACUCAGCACCGCCAGAUCAUCUGUCGUCAGGUCACACAAGUCCACAGUAAUGGGACAGAGUCGUCCAUCACUGUGGCACCAGAACUGUGUGGCUCAUCUGAAAAACCAGUCACCAAGUCAACCUGUCAGCUAAAAAUAUGCAGCCAAUGGGAGAUCCGAUCAGAGUGGAGCUCUUUCCACAAAAAGUGUUCAGUGCCCUGUGGUGUGGGCCAACGCAGCAGAGAGGUGGUGUGUGUGAGUAACCAGGGUGAUGUGGAGAAGGACGAGGAGUGUAACAAAAACCUGAAGCCAGACACACUGCAGAACUGUGACAUGGGAGCAUGUGCCCGCAGCUGGUUCACCUCCCUGUGGAGCCAAGGGUGCUCUGCAGAGUGUGGUAAAGGCAACAAAACCAGGACUGCUGUGUGCCUGAUGGAUCACGUGACUGACCUUCCACUGGACAGCUGUGAAGGAGAACGCCCUGCAGAAGAGACGUCUUGUGAUUCAGGGCCGUGCAGAAACAGGAUAGAGUGGUACACAGGACCGUGGGGUCAGUGUUCUGCAGAGUGUGGAAAUGGCACACAAACCCGCAAUCUGGUUUGUAUGAUCAACAACAACGGUCACAUGGAGGUCGUAGACAAAUCUAAAUGUUUAAGUCUCCCUCAGCCAAUGACAGCUCAGACCUGCAGCCUAAAGCCCUGUGGUGUCCAGUGGUAUGUGACAGAGUGGAGUGCAUGUUCAGGUUCCUGUAACGGUGGCUACCGUGUUCGAGAGGUUCGAUGUCUUGCUGACAAUAUUGCCCCCAGCGACCACUGUGACCCAAAUUUAACCCCAGAGAGUCGAGAAGAAUGCAAUAAACAACCGUGUCUGGCUGAAAUAAGUCCAUCGUGCAGCGACCAGUAUAAUAACUGUGUGGUGGUGGUUCAAGCCAGACUCUGUGUGUACACCUACUACAGAAGUGUGUGCUGCGCCUCCUGCUCCCUUGCUGAGAAACCAUACCCCAACUCAUUUCAGAAGAACCACAUUAGAAGGUGAUGGACUGAGGACGGAGUUUACCGUGCAAACAACAGAAAUGUGAAAAUGACUGUUUAACUUAUAAUCAGUGACACAGUCUGUAAAUGAUUCAGAGGGAAUCAGCUGGAAUCCUUUAAUGAACAACCUCAUACUAUAGUGUUUUUAUAAUGUAACUUUAAACAGAACUGUGUACAACUCCAGUGAAGGGUCUGAGCUCAAACGUCUUGUCUUUUUUCACGUAUGAAUCCUGCCUCCACCAGACUCUUGACAUGCGUUCAAAAUAGUCCAAAGAUUAUUAAGCUGCUUCAUCCCUGUGGUUACUAACCACGGCUUCUUUCUCAAUCUGUGGAUAUGUUCAACUGACUGGACUAGCUGACCUUAAAGAAUGAUUAAAAGGUACAUUACCACACCAUAAUGUUCAUUUGUUGUCAUUCUAUAGAAAAGGUAUAAAGUCAUUGUCCACAGCAAACUGUUAAAGUGAGCACCCAUUAAGAAUGUAGGAAUUUAAAAGGUCAUUUUUAAAAAUGUAAUUUAACUUUAAAUUUAAUAAUAAAAAUAACAUUCCUUAAGAGGCUGUUGUGCUUGUUUCAUACCUAAAAAAUAUUUUGGGCCUUUUGAUUAUGGGUCACAUAUGGUAUGGUAUGUAAAAAGAAUACAACUCGCUAGGCUUCAUACUGCAGUGGUGUUCAGGAAUUUUUAGAGCACAGUGCCACUCUUUGGUGGCUCUGAGAACUGCUAUCACCUAAAAUUCACUGAAAGAAUCCAGAGUGCACACUGAACUCGUUUUCUUCCUCCCAGAUUGUUUUAGUUGUCAACCAAGACUAUUAAAUGGGCAGCAUGUGCAUCACUUUAUCCGAGUCAAAUAGACAGAACUUCUACUUUGUACACAUGAAAGAUAGUAAUACCAUUGCUUUAAUGGGACAGCUGGGCUGACAGCAUGUAAAAGGCCGUAAUUCAAUCCUAACAAUUUAGAUGACCAAAAAUAAACAUGAAAUCAACAGCAAUGACAAAUGCACAUUGUGUUCUUUUUCUCAUAAAAAAAAAAGAAAA